GGCCCUUAAAGGGUGGAGCCAAGUUAGCAGGCUAGUGACUGCUCCUCUCAUGUUCUCAGUCAGUGCUGCUGACAGAAAGGUAACCGCAGCCGCUGAGAAGACUUUAAAUGGAGGGGCUUCGAUUAGUAGUCCUAUUGUUCGUAUGUACUGUCAGGACAGUCUCUGGAGAAAGCAUCGUUUCAAUUCUCGGAGAUCCCGUCGAGUUUUCAGCAACUGAAAACUGCAAGCAAAUAGGAGCCCGGCUGGUGCACCGGCUAAAAGACGACAGCGCUCGGCUGGUGGCUCAUCGAGAUGCUGCUGCCUGGAAGCCGGCACAAGGUUAUGAAGACAAGAUGAGCCCAAACGAGUCUGUCACCUUCAACAGUUCAAACAUGAACGACGAAGGGUUGUAUGAGUUAACUUGCGACAGCGAGGAUGAGACACGGAUCCAUCUUUAUGUUGUUAAAGCCUUCGAAGUAUCUCCGAUCUUGGGAGACAAUGUGAAAUUUCCUUUUCACUACGUGACCGCAGGAGAAGAUGGGAAGUAUAGGUUGGAAAGAAACGGAGAGCUUGUGUUUGAGCUGGACCUCUCCUCCGAGAAGAACAUGGGCCUAAGUGGGAAAGGUUCUGAGGGAAGAGUGUCUGUGUCACCUGAGUGGAAGUCGCAGGGAGACCUGUCGGUGACUUUGAAAGGGGUUAAACAGGAGGACGAAGGUGAUUACUUUAUCUACAUCCUGGAUAAAGACUGGAAGAAAACCCGAGGAAAGCCUGCUGCUGUGAGGAUGAGGUUCAACAAGAGGAAGCCGGAGCAGACCACCUCCAAACCGCCGCCUGGAUCUGUGACGACACCGCCGAAAAACCCUGAAAAAAAUUGGACUGUCUGUAUAACAGUACUAGUGGUGUGUUUGACUGCCUGCGUACUUUCGUGUGCUGGGAUCUGUUGGUGGCUGAAAUCCCGCAAAUCAAAUGGACCUGUGAAGAUGGGACUUUUAAAAGGGAGGCACGCUGCUGGUUGACACGUUAACGGAGACUCUUCAAGGCUGGACGCAAAUGGUUAUUGAGGGUGUUUUCAAUUUCAUGAAACGGUGGUUGUGAAUACCUAAUGAAUGAAUUAUCUUAUUGCACAAUGUAAUUUUAGCCUUUCCAAUAAAGUUGUUAACUCCUACUUUUAAAA